CAGCGCGGAGCGGCGCGGACGGGCGGGCGGUUCGCUGCGGACCGGACCGGCCAGCGGCGGCAGCGCUUCCCCCGCGAAGGGCCGAGCCCGGCGGCGCCGCCGCUCGCCUGCGGCCGCAGCGCUCCCCUGAGGCGGGGGAGGGAGGCACGGUGCCCGUGAGGGGAGAGAGGAGGGCGCGCCCGCCUGCCUGCGCGGGCCCGGCUCGCCACGGUGCCCUGUGAGAAGCGAGAGGAAGGGGGAGGCGGCGGCCGCGGGGAGGAAGGCGCUGCCAUCGUCCUGCUGCACGGCAAGGCCAGCUUGGCGAGCCUGGCCAUGGCCGCCAUCCGCAAGAAGCUGGUGGUGGUGGGGGACGGUGCCUGCGGUAAGACUUGCCUCCUCAUCGUCUUCAGCAAGGAUGAGUUCCCCGAGGUCUACGUGCCCACCGUCUUCGAGAACUACGUGGCCGACAUCGAGGUGGAUGGCAAGCAGGUGGAGCUGGCCCUGUGGGACACGGCCGGCCAGGAGGACUACGACCGCCUGCGGCCCCUUUCCUACCCAGACACCGACGUGAUCCUCAUGUGCUUCUCUGUGGACAGCCCGGACUCGCUGGAGAACAUCCCGGAGAAGUGGGUGCCCGAAGUCAAGCACUUCUGCCCCAACGUCCCCAUCAUCCUGGUGGCCAACAAGAAAGACCUGCGCAACGACGAGCACGUGCGCAACGAGCUGGCCCGCAUGAAGCAGGAGCCGGUGCGCACCGAGGAUGGCCGCGCCAUGGCCAUUCGCAUCCAGGCCUACGACUACCUGGAGUGCUCGGCCAAGACCAAGGAAGGCGUCCGGGAGGUCUUCGAGACCGCCACCCGGGCAGCCUUGCAGAAGCGCUACGGCACCCAGAACGGCUGCAUCAACUGCUGCAAAGUCCUAUAGGGUGCGGCUGGAGCGCGGCGCCGGGCACGGCGCCCGGGUCACCUGUUGGCAGGCGGAGAGGAGCUGGGUUAUGCACGCACGCGGCAUCUGCCCGUCCCCUCCGCUGGGGGCUGGCAACGAAUCGGGGUGGGGGCUAAGGCGGGGGGAGCGUGCUCCCUUAGCCUUGGCCGAAAAGGGUUGUGCUGGCUCAGCCGUGGGGACAGAGGGGGGGGGGAUUGCAUGCCCUGAGUCUUGGGAAUAAAGCGGGGAGAAGUCUUCUCCUCCCGCCGGCCCCUGCAAGUUAAUCGCAGACUCUCGACAACAAAAAGCUGCUGAGACUGGACUGAGCAAACAUGGCACCCGGCUCUUCCCCUUUGCCCGCCACCUGCUGCUCCCAGCUCCCAGACAGCCUCCUCUCUUUUGCAAGAGGAGAGCGGCGGAGCUGAGAUGCUCGAAGGGACUUCUGCCUCCCGCCUGCAUGUGCCUCCCCCCCCAGGCAGGCUGGGGAAGGGGGCUGCAUCUCCUGGGCUGCCUGCAGCAUCCUCGCCUCUCCUGCGGAUGUUUCGGCCUGAGCCUGACCUGCUGUGGAAGUUAGUGCCCUGAAGACCGAGACUGGGAGGGGAGGGUAAUCCCAAGCGAAGCCUGUAUAUAUCUUACCUUUUCUGUCUUGUGCAAACUGGGGUAGUGCAGGGGGUGCUUAUUUAAAGUGAGGUGGGGAGGGGAUGCCCAGCUGGGACUUGUGUUGUGCAAAGGAACUUGCCCUGAGUGACCAAUUCCUGCUGGUAAUGCAAGCCUUGAAGUGACUCCAGCUGCAGAAGUCACCGGGCUGGAAAGCGAAGCUGAACUGCUCUGUCCCCCUUGCUGGACAUCCUCCUCCUGACAGUCGAGGCAGGAUGAGCAAGGGGGAAGAGGAUGAUAUUGCCAUAUAUGAUCUUGGUGCCUGCUCCUUCCUUUAAUGUUGUCUUCUGCAAGUAUGUUGAUUUGGGCUUAUUUAAAAGUUUAUUUUCAAAAGAAAUUACUUUGCACAACUUGGUGGAUUUUUGGUUUGUUUUUUUUUUUUUUAAUUAAACACUCAAUGCACUUGUCAUCUGCAUACAACACUGUAGCAUUGGAAACAUUCUUACUGGGUAACCUCAUCUGGGUCUUGUUUUAAAUUGAUUUCGACACGAGACAAAAUAAAACCACUGUAUCUUUUUGCCUUGGAAAAAAUGGGUGAGAGCACUGUUCUUUAUGCAGUGAGUACAUCAGACUUCAGUACUAAAGGGCAGUUUAAAGAAUUUAGGUUUAUUUAAAACUUAUUUUCACAGGGUAGCCAACCCAGGUGAAAAUAAUCUUGUGUUUCUCUGGUUCAGAGAACAGAUGUAUCCAUUUAUGUUUGUUUACUUUUCUCCCUCUUCCCUCAACAGUGGUACUGAGACUGUUUUUGUUUUUAAUAAACUGACAUGGCAAAAACUGAGAUGUAUAUGAUGUUUACAUAAAAUUAUGAACUGUGUAUGCAGUUUUUUAUGUAAAGUAUUAAAAGAUUCUAUGCUGA